GAAACCAUGGCCUUGUUCUGAAGGACAGAACCAGUUGACACGGCUAGCUAUUCACUUGAUAAGCAAGUGGGACAAAGCGCUACAAAGUUUUGACGCGGAAACAGCAGCAUCAUGAGCAAAAACGAUCCAAAUCACAUCAAGAGGCCCAUGAAUGCUUUCAUGGUUUGGUCAAAGCAGAAGAGAAAAGAAAUGGCCAAGGAGAACCCGAAGAUGCACAAUUCGGAAAUCAGCAAAGUUCUAGGAGCGCAGUGGAAACUAAUGAAGGACCACGACAAACGACCUUACCAAGAAGAGGCCAAGCGACUGCAAGAGAAACAUAGUCAGGAGCACCCUGACUACAAGUACAAGCCAAGACGGAGGAAACAAAAGCAACUAAUGAAGAAAUCGACGUAUUCGUUUCCAUACGCGGGCGCGGAGCCUGCAGUCCAUGCUGCCGCCAUGAAAUUAACGGCGUAUCCGCCUACAAUGGCACCCGAGACCAUGUAUCCGCAAUACUAUCAGAUGCCUCAACACGCCACUUAUCCAAUGUAUGAUAUGGCUGCGGUACACGCUCAGAGACAAACUCACGGUUUUCCACCGCCGCCUCCGAGUCAUACUAACAGCGUGCAUGAUUUACCAUAUUCAGUUCGUCCGACUGAAAUGAUGGUUUCUCCAACGGGACCUCACGGACACACGGCGAGUCAUCUUUACAGCAGCGCUAUGGAACCGGGACCCACAACAAGCGCCGUCUCGGCGUUUUCUUCCGCGGCGUCCUUUGCACAGAACAUUCAUACUCAGCAAGUGACAGAAUCCAGCUCGUCCUAUCCACAACUGUAUACACAACGGCAUGUAUAGGUUUGACUGAUUAAUGAUUACCAUGUGUAUCUAACGGUACAAAAAGACAGCUUAUCUUACAAUUCAUGUGUCAAAAAAGAAUUUUGCCAACACUUGACAUUCAAUUAUUAGCUAAGUUUAUAUUUACUUUUCUGCGAGAAACGAUUGUAAACACCUCGAGUUUAUAGGAUUAUAACGUUACGCUUUUGACUUGCGAUCCAUACAUCGCAAAAUGUUUCACGGAGUUUAUUGAUGAAGACUAAAACCACAGCCAGGGGAGGUUAGCCAAGAUAACAAAUUGAAUAAACCUGUGUCCGCUCUAUUCAAUUUGGACAGAAAAUUAUUUUGAUCAUUUAUUUUCUUAUCUAAAUAAUUUAGAGUUUGCACGCUCCUAGCAGCCACAACGGCAAUAAUCGAGCGAGUGGCUCUUUGUUUGAUUUAUUUAUUCAAGGUUUUCACACCUAAAUCAAAGAUGGCGAUGAAGCUUGGUCGCUCACUGUCCAUCGCUGAGAGUUCUUUCGAACGCAGAGAUGAAUUUGUGUUCUGUACUGUUUAAACGGCGACUAAUCAUGCAGGAGUGAAAAUUGGAUUUCGUUUUUUUUUUUGGUGAUCAUACAAACUACAUGCUGGCACUAAACACGUUUGAGUGUUAUCGCACUAAUAAAGUAUGAAUAUUCUGUUA